GUUGAUAAAUAUAGAGACUUGAAAAGAGUGAGUGUUCCUAUCACAAACCCAACACAGCAAGAAAGCCAAAGAGAGAAAUUAGUUUUAAAUGUUCACCAACCGACUCUAAGCUCUAAGAUAGUUAGCUCUCUCCCUCUUAUUUCCUCAGCACCACAUUCUCUCAUAAACCAUUUCCCAUUUCUGAGACUCUCUCACUCUCAAAUCUCACAGAGAAAAUGAAUAAGCAAGACUUCAUGAAGAUUCAGAGCUGUGUGCUCAGAGUUAAUAUUCACUGUGAGGGCUGUAAGCAGAAAGUUAAGAAACUGGUGCAGAAAAUAGAUGGUGUGUUUACUACUACCAUAGAUGCAGAGCAAGGCAAAGUGACUGUCACAGGGAACAUAGAUCCAGCCACAAUCAUCAAGAAGCUUGAAAAGUCAGGGAAACAUGCAGAGCUUUGGGGAGGUGGAGGUGGAGGACAAAAGGGAAAUCCCAACUACAACAACCAAGCUCAGCAGUUCAACCUCAACCAGUUCAAGAACAUGUCAAUGGAGAAUCAUGGCAAAGGGGGAAAAGACAAUGGCAACAACAAAGCUCAAAAGGGUGGAAAGGACCAACAGAAGGGCAAUAAUGUCCAGCAACAAAUUCAGCAGCAACAGCAGAUGAUGAAGGGCGCUAAGGUGAUGAUGCCAAUGAAGGAACAGAACAAGUCUGUCAAGUUUAACCUGCCAGCUGAGGAGUUCAGUGAUGGUGAGUUUGAUGAUGAGUUCGAUGAUGAUGAUUAUGAUGAUGAGUUUGAUGAUGAGGAUUAUGAUGAUGAAGAGGAAGAGGAGCUUAACCAUGGCCAUGUAGGACAUGGACAACAGUUGCCACCCAACAAGAUGAUGAUGAUGAAUGGUAUGGGAGCAAAUGGGCAGCAAGGGCCUUAUGGGAAGAUGAUGCCUGUGAUGGGAAGUAAUGGACAUGGGCCUGGUGGGAUGGUGAAUAAUGGACAUGGCCAACAGUUGCCACCCAACAAGAUGAUGAUGAUGAAUGGUAUGGGAGCAAAUGGGCAGCAAGGGCCUUAUGGGAAGAUGAUGCCUGUGAUGGGAAAUAAUGGACAUGGGUCUGGUGGGAUGGUGAAUAUGAAUGCUAUGGGCGGCAAGAAGUUAGGUGGCGGAGGUGGCGGCAGUGGGGGAGGGUCUGCCAAGAAAGGUGAGGUUAUUGAUUUCCCUGUGCAGGGGAUGAAGGGCAUCGGUGGAAAUAAGGAAAAGAAGGAUGGCAAAGAUGGCAAGGGAGGAAAAAAUAAAGGUGGGGGUGAUGAUGAGAAGAGCAAGAGCAAGAAAAAGAACAAGGGUGGUAAAGGUGGUAAAGAGGGUAAAGACAAAGGUGAAGGUAAAAAGGGUGGAUUGCUUGGGUGGCUUAGCAGAAGCACCAGUAAAAAAGAGAGUGAUGGAGACGGCAAGGGUGGCAAGGGAGGUAAAAAAGGUGACAUAUUUGAUGAAUUUGAUGAUAUUGAAUUCAUGAAUUUUAAGAAAGGAGGCAAGGGUGGCAAAGAAGGUAAAGAAAGCAAGGAAAUCAAAGAAGGCAAGGGAAGCAAAGGAGGGAAGGGGGGCAAAGGUGGUGGUGGUGGUGGCAAUGGUGGAGAUGUGCAUCAAAUGGGUCAAAAGGGGCUUAUGGGGCAGGCAGGUCAGAUGGGGCAUAUGGGCCAAAUGGGUCAUAUGGGCAACAUGCCUCAGAUGAGGCAAAUGGGGGGUGGAGGUGAGGGUAUGGGUCAGUUGGGCAACUAUCCAAUGGGUCAGAUGGGCAAUAUGCCUGCAGUACAAGGACUACCGGCGGCGGCGGCACCGGGGAUGAUGAACGGUGGUGGUGCCGGCUACUAUCAAGGAAUGGGGAAUGCAGGUAAUCCCUACGCGCAACAACAGCUUCAGCAACAACAGCAGCAGCAGCAGCAGCUCCAGCAGCAGCAAUAUAUGGCUAUGAUGAUGAACCAGCAACAGCAGCAGCAAAGAGCCAAUGGCAAUGACAUGUACCAAUCCAUGAUGUAUGCGCGGCAGCAGCCACCGAUGAACUACAUGCCCCAUCAGCAGCCAAUGCCAUCUGCAGGGCCAACUGAGCCUUACACCAACUUCUUCAGUGAUGAGAAUGCCAAUAGUUGCAGCAUCAUGUAAAACCAGUAGUUGCUAAUAAGUUAGUAGAAUUUGGAUCAUGUAGUAGUAGAGAACUAGUAGUGCAAUAGUUUAGUAUGCAUUAGUGUUGUCUAUGAUAUUUGGUGAUGAUGCAAGGUUUGAGAAGUAACA